CUUCCUUUUUGUGUCUCUUUCUUGGACAGGCACUUAGCACAUAGGACCAGCACCCCAUGUCCUGAGAGACAACCAUUCUUGGCUCAGCCAUGAAUAACUGUGUGCUCUUAGAGGAACUGCUGAUCAAAAAAUCCCAGCAAAAGAGGAGGACUUCACCUUCCAACUUUAAAGUGCGCUUCUUUGUCUUAACCAAAUCCAAGCUGGCUUACUACGAACAUCGCCAUGGGAAGAAAAAGACUUUGAAGGGUUCUGUGGAGCUUUCCAGGAUUAAAUGUGUGGAAAUUGUGAAAAGUGACAUCAUCAUUCCCUGUCAGUAUAAAUACCCUUUCCAGAUUGUCCACGAUAACUACAUACUCUACGUGUUUGCACCCAAUCGUGAGAGCCGGCAGAGAUGGGUCUUUACACUGAAAGAAGAAAUCAUAAACAACAACAGUCUGGUUUCAAAGUGUCAUCCAGAUUUUUGGAUAGACGGCAAGUGGAUAUGCUGUGCUCAGACUGAGAAGAUGGCAGUUGGCUGUGUGGAGUAUGAUCCUACCAAAAAUGCCUCAAAGAAGCCUCUUCCUCCCACUCCUGAAGAUAACUGGAAAUCGGUGCUAGACCCAAAGGAAGCCUUAGUCAUGGCCAUAUAUGACUAUGAAGCCCAGAAUCCACAGGAGUUGACAUUACAAUGUAAUGAGGAAUAUUAUGUGAUUGACAGCUCUGAGGAACAUUGGUGGCUGAUUCAAGAUAAGAAUGGGCAUGAAGGCUACGUGCCAAGUAGCUACCUGGUGGAAAAAUCACCUGAGAAUCUGCAAAUAUAUGAAUGGUACAAUAAGAACAUCAGCAGAAGCAAAGCAGAAACACUCCUCAAGGAUGAGGGUAGGGAAGGUGCUUUCAUGGUGAGAGAUUCAAGGCAGCCUGGCAUGUACACAGUCUCUGUUUUCACCAAAGCGUUAAGCACGGAUAACAAUCCCGUUAUAAAGCAUUAUCACAUCAAUGAGACAACUGACUUUCCCAAGCGAUAUUAUUUGGCAGAAAAGCAUGUGUUUGACUGCAUACCUGAACUCAUCAACUAUCACCAGCACAAUGCAGGAGGUCUUGUCACUCGCUUGCGGUAUGCAGUCUCUUCUUGGAGGAAAAAGGCCCCAAUCACUGCAGGGCUGAGCUAUGGAAAAUUCAUCAUUAACCCCUCUGAGCUCACCCGUGUACAGGAAAUUGGCAGUGGUCAGUUUGGCGUGGUCUACCUUGGCUACUUGAUGGAGAGGACAAAAGUAGCCAUCAAGACCAUUCGUGAAGGAGCGAUGUCUGAAGAGGAUUUCAUUGAAGAAGCUAAAGUCUUGAUGAAACUGUCUCACCCGAAGCUAGUCCAGCUUUAUGGUGUGUGCUUUGACAACACCCCCAUAUGCCUGGUGUUCGAGUUUAUGGAGAACGGCUGCUUGUCCGACUACCUCAGGAGCCAGCGGGGCAUUUUCUCAAAGGAAACCCUCCUGGGGAUGUGCCAAGAUGUGUGUGAAGGAAUGGCUUAUCUGGAACAAAACUCUGUCAUCCACAGAGACCUCGCCGCUAGGAACUGCCUGGUGGGAGAAUCCCACGUGGUCAAAGUAUCUGAUUUUGGGAUGUCGAGGAUUGUCCUUGAUGAUCAGUAUACCAGCUCCACGGGGACCAAGUUCCCAGUCAAGUGGUCUGCUCCAGAGGUUUUCUCCUACAGCAACUAUAGCACCAAAUCUGACGUUUGGUCGUUUGGAGUGCUGAUGUGGGAGGUCUUCAGUGAAGGUAAAAUCCCCUAUGAGAAUCGCACCAAUGGAGAAGUGGUGGAAGAAAUCAAUGCAGGAUUUCGGCUCUACAAACCCAGGCUGGCCUCCAAAGCAAUCUAUGAGGUCAUGAGCCACUGCUGGAGGAUGAGGAAAGACGACCGGCCAUCCUUUUCUAUUCUGCUGUAUCAGCUGAGUGAAAUCUCCGAGUUUGAUCUGUAAUCAUGGCACUGGCUGCUAACUGAAGCUAAAAGAGUCCUGAGAGGGCAGAUGGCUGCAUUUUCCCCACACAAAGCAUUAACAGGAAUCCUCUCACCAUAGAUACUUGCCUGGGGAGAAGGAGAGGGCAGAGGCUGGUACUUCCAGACAGACAAGAUAUCCCCAGGUCUUCCAGAACCCAGACAGUCACAGGCUUUGGUUUGGCCAAGAAUGUGGUUUGCAUCUUACAAACAGAAGCAGCAAUUGGGUAAAGUCUUGAACUACACAACCCAGCAAGUGUUUUUGUCUUGAAGAUAAAGCCUCAAAACUAAGAGAUAUGACAUUGCUAUUCCAGUUCUGUGAACUCCCAAAUGAAGGUCUUCUGGGGAGAAAAAUCUUGUCUUUAACUGAGGAGGAACAUUUAGACAUUUCCAUGGCUCUCUAAUUCAGAGUGGGCUGGACCUGAAAGCUCGGAACAGGAAUGAGCCUGGGACACAGGGGAACAGGCUAGAUUUAAUGUCUGCAUUUCUGAUGCUGAUAUUUCAAGGUAGUUUUGCUCUUCUUUUCAUUAUUUUCUCUGAAACUGUGGCAUACCAGGAACAGGAUUCUGGUACCUGUUAAACUGAAGAGGUUUCUGUGUGUGCAUGUGAGUGUGUAAAGGAACGAGGAGAAGAUCAACAUGUUGAAAAGUCUUGAAAUUCUCUCAAAUCACAGUGUAUAGAGAAUGGAAAAUUGGACUUUCUUCAUUCUUUCUACAUCAGGAGACAAAUACAUGAUGUCCGUGUAAUUGUUUGAACAGAGUGUGGAGGACUGAGCAGAGCAGAGUGCUGUGUGUUUCCCAUCCAUAACAAGAUAGCACCCCAGGAUCUGGUUAUCUGUGAAAGGUCUAGGAACCUACUCCUGAACUGGUGUGUUGGGAAGGAAGGAGCCAGAGGGCUUGGAAGGGUAGCCAUGAGAAGACAUGCAGAGUAUGUGCUCGGUGCACCAGUGAUAAUAAGAAGAGUUUUCUCAUACAUCAAAGAGUAACUGAAUCAUCACAAGGAAAGACUUUUCCAUCUCUUCUGUGAACAGAGACUGAUCAAAGAAAAGGUCAUGCGAAUUGACUGUCUGGGCACUUACUCCAUGAGGAGUUCCUCAUGAGUGUACCUUGUGAGGAGGUACAAAUAAUAUCCAUCCCCUGGUAUUUCAGUUAAACUCUAUUUUUUCACCACAAGACAGGGGCAGUGAUUUGACAUAACUGACCUGAAAACCAAAAGUGUCAGUGCUGGUGUCCAGAAUUUGUAAAUAAGACCAGGACUCUCUGCUAAGCAUUAACAAUAACUAGAGAAGUCAAGAGGUCUCACAGAUGUUCAUCUAUGCAGUAUGUAAUUUUGAUGCUUCUCUGUGCAGGUAAGAUCAUGAGUAAACCUUAUGUGACAGCAGUUUACAGAAACUCUGAGGUGCAAACUCCUAGCAGCAAUCUCUCCUGUCAUUACAGAAGUCAGGUUCAAAUGUUUGCCAAUAAAAAUGGAACAAGGAAAUAAUGUAAUCCCAUGACCUCACAUAUCCUGUGUUAAAAUAUUUCUUCAUAGGAGGCUUCAUUCCAGGUGUUUUUCAGACCUGUGGUUUUAGGGUAGCUUUAAGAAGCCAGAAUAUCUUUUGAGGUAUAUGGAUAUGAACAAGGCAUUAGUCCCUGCCAUAUACAUCUUCCCACUUCGAUUCGGUUCCACGUUAUUGUCUUUGAUUUACUGCUACAAAUACCAUGAAGAACAACUCUCCAGGCAGGAAGAAUGCUAACAUUCAGACCAGAGGUUAUCCAUCUUAAAUUCAGGAUCAAAGUUCUACCU